AAGCAGGCGGAGCCGGCGGAGCGGAGUGGAGCGAGGCAGGCAGAGGAAAGAUGGCAGCCGCGGCAGUGGCUGAGUUUCAGAGAGCACAGUCUCUUCUUGGAACAGACCGGAAUGCCUCUAUCGAUAUCUUACAUUCAAUAGUGAAGCGGGACAUCCAAGAGAGUGAUGAGGAGGCGGUGCGUGUUAAAGAGCAGAGCAUCCUGGAGCUGGGUGGGCUGCUGGCCAAGACAGGACAAGCUGCAGAGCUCGGGGGUCUGCUAAAAUAUGUGCGCCCCUUCCUCAAUUCCAUCUCCAAGGCUAAGGCAGCCCGGCUGGUCCGUUCCCUGCUGGACCUGUUCCUGGACAUGGAGGCCGCCACGGGUCAGGAGGUAGAGCUCUGCCUGGAGUGCAUAGAGUGGGCCAAGGCUGAGAAGAGGACAUUCCUCAGACAGGCACUAGAGGCUCGUCUUAUCUCACUGUAUUUCGACACAAAGUGCUACCAGGAGGCACUACAACUUGGCUCCCAGUUGCUGCAGGAGCUGAAGAAGAUGGAUGACAAGGCUCUGCUGGUGGAGGUUCAGCUGCUGGAGAGUAAGACAUACCACGCGCUCAGUAACCUGCCCAAGGCCCGCGCCGCCCUAACCUCUGCCAGGACAACCGCCAACGCCAUCUACUGCCCACCCAAACUACAAGCAGCUUUAGACAUGCAGUCAGGGAUCAUUCACGCAGCGGAGGAGAAAGACUGGAAGACGGCGUACUCCUACUUCUAUGAGGCCUUCGAGGGCUACGAUUCCAUCGACAGCCCCCGAGCCAUCACAGCCCUCAAAUACAUGCUGCUCUGCAAAAUCAUGCUCAACGCGCCAGAGGAUGUCCAGGCCCUCAUCAGCGGCAAGCUAGCCCUGCGGUACGCAGGCAGACAGACAGACUCACUGAAAUGUGUGGCACAAGCCAGCAAGAACCGGUCGCUCGCAGACUUUGAAAAGGCACUAACAGAGUACAAAGCAGAGCUGAGGGAUGACCCCAUCAUCAGCACCCAUCUGACCAAGCUGUAUGACAACCUGCUGGAGCAGAACCUCAUCAGAGUCAUCGAACCUUUCUCCAGGGUCCAGAUAGCACACAUUUCCUCCCUCAUCAAACUCUCCAAGGGAGACGUAGAGAGGAAAUUAUCGCAGAUGAUUCUGGACAAGAAGUUUCACGGUAUUUUGGACCAAGGCGAAGGUGUACUGAUCGUCUUUGAAGAGCCGGUGGUGGACAAGACGUACGAGGCGGCCCUGGAGACCAUUCAGAACAUGAGCAAAGUGGUCGACUCGCUCUACAACAAAGCCAAGAAGCUAACAUAAGAGAGAGUGAGAGCAUCAGUCCUCCUGUCUGGAGUGACGCGGGCCAGUCAGACCUCCGUCAAUCGCUCACUUCAACCUGGGAGGGAAGAGGGGAGGAGGACGAGGAGAUUACAAACACUUAACAACCCAGCAAGCAAAUAAACCAGCUGACCUACUGAAGACUCAACAGAACAACCUAACUGACGGGACGGACACACCGCUCCUCCUAGUCCUCCCUCAGCCCUCUGCUCUCCCUCCUUCCUGUCACUGUCUCCUCCUUCCAAUCUGACUGGGGUUGAUCUGACACAAAGUGCUCCUCCCUAUGGACAAAUCCAGGCACUGCGCCCCUCCUCUCUUCUCUUCUCCCACCACUGGUUUCUACUGUAUGUAAAAUUGGACAAGCCUCCCUUUCCCCCCCUUUUUUUCCCCCCCUCUGUUUCUCUCUGCGCUGGCCAUCAGGGAAUCUUGUAAAAUAACAAUAAAGAAUACAUAUACAGUACUUAUACAUACAUGUAUUAUAAAAAAGAAAAAAAAACAUGCUCGGUCUGUUCUAGAGUGUAACCGGGGGUAAAGAUGGGUCGGUUGGAUUCUACCUGUUCUGUUCAAUUUGCCAACUUGCCCCGAAACUUAAAUGUUUGAAUUUCUCCCCAUUUUCUGCGCCUGCAAAGAAUGGAUCCGCAGUUAGUUUAGGUCACCAGAGGAAUGGUUUUGAAAAACGCCCCUUCUUCUCUUUCACACUCAUUCACAAGACAUUCUGGGAUUUGUGGACCAUACAGGGAAUUUACUCUUGUGUCCACGCGGGACCAUUCCAUAAGAAGAGGAGGACAUCCAUCGACACGUCUGGAUCGUGUUCCAACGUCUCCUACAUCCCCUCCUCCCCCUCCCUCUCUUCUUUCCCCACCCUUCCCCCCCUUGCACUCCCACUUCCUGUUUGUAUAUAACAUUGCCAAGCGCCUCUGUUCAUCCAAGGCCUGAUGUAUUUACACUGUCCCCCUUUUUUUAUAAUGCGUAAGAACAGAAUAAACCUCGCCACAGAGAGCUUGGUCAGUCACACAAAGUGCUUUUGAUGCUCUUGUCUGAACGUGACUGGAGAGAGAACUCUGCAUUCUGAGAUGUGAUGGGUGGUUGUGCAGAAAAGGGCGGGUUUGCUGGAGAAAAUCAAGCUGUAUAUUUCUGGGAACUUAAUUUUGCAAGGACUUUGAGGGUUUACCAUAUGUGACAUAUAGAAAGACAAAUGCUAAUAAAAAAAAAUUAAACCUG